UCUGCGUGCUCUACGUUACGGAUGUAAACAGCCUCGCUUCACGUGGAGGGAAACUCGGAUAUGGCACCGAAGCUGGAGCGUUUUGUCAGCCCGGGAAAGGGGAACGGUCUGCGGGCUGCAGCCAGGAUAAAGACCGGAGAGCUGGUGUACUCUGCGGAGCCGCUGGCCUGCUGUGUGUCCAACAAACUGUCCAGACAUGUCUGCCACCACUGCUUCUCUCGACAGGAGACCUUGUUGCGGUGCUCCCAGUGCAAGAUGGCUCGUUACUGCAACACCACUUGCCAGAAACAAGCAUGGAUUGGCCAUAAGAGAGAGUGUAAAUGUCUGAAAAGCCUUCUACCCAGAAUUCCUAACGACUCAGUCCGUCUCGCUGCAAGACUCAUCUUUGCCUUGUUAAAUUCAUCCAAGAGCAGCAGUGAGGAGCUCUACACUUUGGAGGAGCAUGAAUCACACCUGAGUUCCAUGUCAGAGCAGAAGAAACAAGGCCUGUCUCAGCUGGCAUCCAUGUUAGAGCUGUACCUACAACAGGAGGUAUCUGACCUGGAAGUGACAUCAGCACUGCCUCCUUCCUGCCAAGAACCCUUAAGCCUCAUUGCAAAGGUGACAUGUAAUUGUUUCACCAUCAGUGACGGAGAGCUGCAAGAGAUUGGAGUUGGGCUGUAUCCUAGUUUAUCUCUGCUUAACCAUGACUGUAGGCCAAACUGCGUGAUGGUGUUUGUGGGAACCAACCUGCAUGUGAGAGCUGUUCGGGAUAUCAACCCUGAAGAGGAGCUGACUAUAAGCUACAUUGAGACGUUGUCUUUGACUGAAGAUCGAAGGAGACAGCUGGAGGACCAAUACCAUUUCACAUGUCACUGCCAGCUUUGUGACUCUCAAGAGAAAGAUGCACUGAUGCUUUCAGGGAUAGAAUCAACAUGGUGUCCGCUGAAAGAGGCUCUACCGAGACUGGAAGGACUAAAGGCAGAGUCGGAUUGGCAGGCACUACUAGAGGGCUGCAGUCAUCUGUUAUCGACUGUCAGCGAUGACCUGCCAGACGAAAAUCUGUAUAAACUCAGGAUGACCGACAUGGCUGUAGAUGCUUCAAUUCACCUGGGACACUGGGAGGAAGCUCUGGGAUACGGGGAGAAAACACUGCCUGUAUACAGACAAUACUACCCUGAUCCCCAUCCAGUCCAUGGAGUCCAGCUGAUGAGAGUCGGAAAGCUGCAACAUUACCUGGAACACCUCGAGGACGCUUUGGACACGUUCAAACAGGCCUAUCGGAUUAUAAAGCUCACACACGGUGACGAUCAUCCCUUUACCUCGGAUCUGUUGAUGAAAAUGGAGGAAUGUCGCAGCGAGAUGGACCAGCAAUCCUCCAGCAGCCACAAAAGAAAAGAAAACUGAAACUGGACUUCUUUUAAUUUAGUAGACUCAUUUCACUUUGUCUUCAUGUAGUCUCUGUUUUGAGUUUAUCAAUCAAUCAAUCCCAUUUAUCAGAUUUAUGAGAUGAACAGUAACAUUUUUUGAUAUGAUUAACUUUGCUUUAUUGAAGAGUUAGAUCAGUAAAUAAAUAUGAAAUUCAUUUCUGACUUACUUUGGCGCUUAAGCCGCAUUCAAUUAAACAAAUACUGGAAGUAAAGGGAAAGAAUUAGCCUUGAUUUUUCUGAAUGUAAUAAAACAAAUACCCCAACAUGUACA